CUCCACAUGCCAGUGCCACACAGCAGAACACAGUAAAAAAUGUUCUAUGAAAAAACUAAAUUUCAAAAAUGAUUUCUCGGUCUCAGGGGCCCAUCAGGGUAAACAGAUGUAUCAUCUUUUAUCAAUGAUUUUUUUAUUGAGCAGAGCAGAGUUUAUCUGUUUGGAAGAAAGAUGUGUGUCAAACUCUCCGUUCUGCAGAGCAAAUGCUGUACAUGUGAAUGGCCAUUGCGUGUGGUGCAGGUACUAUCACGCAGAGGAAGUAUGUGGGAAACAGACUUUGAAUUGUUUUUUUUUAAAUAUGAUGGGGAAGCUUAACCUCCUUUUCAGGUAAAAUAAACCAGUCCAAACCAGUUUGAGUGUAUGUGAAGCUCAGCAGCUUCGCUUAAUGAAGAGAGGAACAAAGAGCACUUCAGGAAACACGCUAGAAGAUGGAAGCUUCCACUCCAGCUCAUGUCGAUCCUGUCCUGACCAACAUAACAGCUCAGACAGGAGGAAACAUUUGUGCUCCUCUUCUCCAUGGAAACCAUUUUCAAGGCUCGGUUACAGUUGUGAACAUAACUGGAGGCCAGGAGGCUUCCAGUUUAAGUAUCAGCAAUGUUCAGGCUGAAGGCUCUCCUGAUGCUCCUGCUCUCAGUGAAGAUUUGUUGGCUGUCUAUAAACAAAAACUGAAGAAGAAAUUUCAUAGCAUUAAUGAAGGAAUGUUCCAAUGUGGAAAGUCAGCAAAUCUGAAUGAGAUCUACACAGAGCUCUACAUCACAGAAGGAGGGAGUGGAGAGGUCAAUAAUGAACAUGAGGUCAGACAGAUUGAGGCUACAUCCAGGAAACCAGCAACAGAGGAGAAACCCGUCAAGUGCAACGACCUCUUUAAAGACAGACCCAUCAGAACUGUGCUGACUAAAGGAGUUGCUGGAAUUGGCAAAACAAUCUCUGUGCACAAGUUCAUUCUGGACUGGGCUGAAGGAAAAGCAAAUCAGGAUGUCCUCUUCAUAUUUCCACUUCCUUUUAGGGAACUCAGUUUGAUAAAGAAGAGGCUCAAACUGAUGGAGCUUCUUCAUUGCUUUUUCCCAGAAAUAAAAGGACUGAGAUCAGUAGACAGUAAUGCCCACAAAGUCAUGUUCAUCUUUGAUGGUCUGGAUGAGUGUCGACUUCCUCUAGAUUUCCAGAACAAUGAGAGCUUGUGGGAUGUAACAGAUUCAGCCUCAGUGGAUGAGCUGCUGACAAACCUCAUCAAGGGGAAUCUGCUUCCCUCUGCUCUCCUCUGGAUAACCUCUCGACCAGCAGCAGCCAACCAAAUCCCUCCUGAGUGUGUUGACCUGUUAACAGAGAUACAAGGGUUCAAUGACCCUCAGAAAGAGGAGUACUUCAGGAAGAGAAUCAAGAGUGACCAGAGCCUGGCCAAUAAAAUCAUCUCACACAUGAAGUCCUCAAGAAGCCUCUACAUCAUGUGCCACAUCCCAGUCUUCUGUAGGAUUGCAGCCACUGUUCUAGAGAGAGUGUUGGGUGGAGCAGAGAGUGGAGAGAUCCCCAAGACUCUGACUCAAAUGUUCACCCACUUCCUGAUCUUUCAGAUCAAACACAAGGACCAAAAGUACCAUGGUAAAUGUGACACUGAUCUUCAACAGACUAGAAAGAUGAUUCUGGCACUGGGAAAACUGGCUUUCCAACAGCUGGAGAAAGGCAAUCUUAUCUUCUAUGAGGAGGACCUGAGAGAGUGUGGCAUUGAUGUCAGAGAAGUGUCAGUGUACUCAGGAGUUUGCACCCAAAUCUUCAGAGAGGAGUUUGGGCUGUACCUGGGAAGGGUGUUCUGCUUUGUGCACCUGAGUGUUCAAGAGUUUCUGGCUGCUUUAUAUGCAUUUCUCUCCUUUAUCAGCAAAGAUGUAACAGAACAGGUGACCAUGGAUCUCUCUGAUAUUUUCAGAAAGUCCAAACUGUCAGACUUCCUCAAGUCUGCAGUGGACAAGGCCUUACAGAGUGAGAAUGGACACCUGGACCUUUUCCUCCGCUUCCUUCUGGGCCUCUCACUGGAGUCCAAUCAGACUCUCUUACGAGGCCUAAUAACACAGACAGGAAGCAGCUCUCACAGCAAAGAGGAAACAGUCCAGUACAUCAAGGAGAAGAUCAGGGAGAAUCCCUCUCCAGAGAAAUCCAUCAAUUUGUUCUACUGUCUGAAUGAACUGAAUGAUCAUUCUCUAGUGAAAGAAGUCCAAACAUAUGUGAAUGCAAGAGGUUAUAGUCGUCUCAGUGGUACCAGGCUGUCUCCUACCCAGUGGUCAGCUCUGGUGUUUGUGUUGCUGAACUCAGAAGAAGAGUUGGAUGAUUUUGACCUACUUAAAUAUGAUCCAUCAGAAGAAGGUCUCUUGAUGCUCCUGCCAGUGGUCAAAGCAUGCAGAAGAGUUAUACUGUGUGAGUGUAAUCUCACAGAGAAAAGCUGUGAAAUACUAUCUUCAGCUCUCAGUUCAAGCUCCUCAAGUCUGAGAGAACUUGACCUCAGUUACAAUGAACUGCAGGAUUCAGGAGUGGAGCUGCUCUCUGCUGGACUGGAGAAUCCACACUGUAAACUGGAGAAACUGAAGCUGUCUAAUUGUGGUCUCACAGAAAAAGGCUGUGCAGCUCUGACCUCAGCUCUUAGCUCAAAGAUGUCAAGUCUGAGACACUUGGACCUCAGUUACAAUGAAACUAUGCAGGAUUCAGGAAUGAAGAUGCUCUCUGCUGGACUGGGGAAUCCACACUGUAAAGUUGAGACACUGAGGCUGCGUUGGUGUAAUAUCACAGGGAAAAGCUGUGCAGCUCUGGCCUCAGCUCUCAGCUCAAACUCCUCAUAUCUGAGAGAACUGAACCUGAGUUACAAUAAACUGCAAGAUUCAGGAGUGAAGCUGCUCUCUGCUGGACUAAAGAAUCCACACUGUAAACUGGAGACAGUGAGUCUUUAUAACUGCAGUAUUACAGAUGAAGGCUUUGCAGCUCUGGCCUUAGCUCUAAAAUCAAACACCUCGUCACAAUUGAGAGAGCUGGAUGUGAUUGACAAUCAACCAGGAGAGUCAGGAGUGAAGCUACUCUCCGAUCUACUGGAGGAUCCACACUGUAAACUCGAGAAACUGCAGCUGAGUAAGUGUAGUCUCAUAGAGAAAAGCUGUGAAGCUCUCUCCUCAGCUCUCAGCUCAAACCCCUCAAGUUUGAGAGAACUGAACCUGAGUUACAAUAAACUACAGGAUUCAGGAGUGAAGCUGCUUUCUGCUGGACUGGAAAAUCCACACUGUAGACUGGAGAAACUGGAGCUGUGUUACUGCGCUAUUACAGAUGAAGGCUUUGCUGCUCUGGCUUCAGCUCUAAAAUCAAACCCCCUAUCUCACCUGAGAGAGCUGAACCUGAACUCCAAUAAACCAGGAGAGUCAGGAGUGAAGCUGCUCUCUGAUCUACUGGAGGAUCCACACUGUAAACUGGAGAAACUACAGCCAGGGGAACGCAGCACAGAUCUAGUUGGAACCAAUCAGGACCGCAGACACCGUUACAAUAAUAUUAAGAUGGAAUCUUCCACUCCAGCUCAGGUCGAUCCUGUCCUGACCAACAUAACAGCUCAGACAGGAGGAAACAUCUGUGCUCCUCUUCUCCACGGAAAUCAUUUUCAAGGCUCGGUUACAGUUGUGAACAUAACUGGAGGUCAAGAAGCUUCCAGUUUUAGUACCAACAGUGUUCAGAUUGGCAGCUCUCUCAGUGCUCCUACUCUCACUGAAGAUUUGCUGGAUCUCCAUAAACAAAAACUGAAGAAAAAAUUUCAAAGCAUUAAUGAAGGAAUCACACAGCAUAGAAAGUUAGCAAAUCUAAAUGAGAUCUACACAGAGCUCUACAUCAUAGAGGGAGGGAGUGGAGAGGUCAAUAAUGAACAUGAAGUCAGACAGAUUGAGGCAGCAUCCAGAAGACCAGCAACACAGGAGAAAGCAAUCAAAUGCAACAAUCUCUUUAAAGACAGACCCAUCAGAACGGUGCUGACUAAAGGAGUCGCUGGAAUUGGAAAAACAGUAUCUGUGCAGAAGUUCAUUCUGGACUGGGCUGAAGGAAAAGCAAAUCAAGACGUUCUCUUCAUAUUUCCACUUCCUUUUAGGGAACUCAGUUUGAUAAAUAAAAGGUUCAAGCUGAUGGAGCUUCUUCAUUGCUUUUUCCCAGAAGCAAAAAGAUUAAAAUCAAUAGACUGUGAUGCACACAAAGUGAUAUUUAUCUUUGAUGGUCUGGAUGAGUGUCGACUUCCUCUAGAUUUUCAAAACAAUGAGAGUAUGUGGGAAACAACAGAUUCUGCCUCAGUGGAUGUGCUGCUGACAAACCUCAUCAAGGGGAAUCUGCUUCCCUCUGCUCUCCUCUGGAUAACCUCUCGACCAGCAGCAGCAAAUCAGAUCCCUCCUGAGUGUGUUGACCUGGUAACAGAGAUACGAGGGUUUAGUGACCCUCAGAAAGAGGAGUACUUCAGGAAGAGACUCAGUGACCAGAGCCUGGCCAAUAAAAUCAUCUCACACAUGAAGUCCUCAAGAAGCCUCUACAUCAUGUGCCACAUCCCAGUCUUCUGUUGGAUUGCAGCCACUGUUCUAGAGAGAGUGUUGGGUGGAGCAGAGAGUGGAGAGAUCCCCAAGACUCUGACUCAAAUGUUCACACACUUCCUGAUCUUUCAGAUCAAACACAAGGACCAAAAGUACCAUGGAAAAUGUGACACUGAUCUUGAGCAGACUAGAAAGAUGAUUCUGGCACUGGGAAAACUGGCUUUUCAACAGCUGGAGAAAGGUAAUCUGAUCUUCUAUGAGGAAGAUCUCAGAGAGUGUGGCAUUGAUGUCAGAGAAGUGUCAGUGUACUCAGGAGUUUGUACCCAGAUCUUCAGAGAGGAGUUUGGGCUGCACCUGGGGAAGGUGUUCAGCUUUGUGCACCUGAGUGUUCAGGAGUUUCUGGCUGCUUUAUAUGCAUUUCUCUCUUUCAUCAGCGGAGAUGAAACAAAACAGCUGACCACUGAUCUCUCUGAAAUGUUCAAAAAGUCCAACAUGUCAGACUUCCUUAAGUCUGCAGUGGACAAGGGCUUACAGAGUGAGAAUGGACACCUGGACCUUUUUCUUCGCUUCCUUCUGGGCCUCUCACUGGAGUCCAAUCAGACUCUCUUACGAGGCCUACUGACACAGACAGGAAGCAGAUUUCACACCAAAGAAAAAAUAGUGCAGUACAUCACGGAGAAGAUCAGGGAGAAUCCCUCUCCAGAGAAAUCCAUUAAUCUGUUCUACUGUCUGAAUGAACUGAAUGAUCAUUCUCUGGUUCAAGAAAUACAAACAUUUGUGAACUCAAGAGGUUAUAGUCGUCUCAGUGGUACCAGUCUCUCUCCUACCCAGUGGUCAGCACUGGUGUUUGUGUUGCUGAAUUCAGAAGAAGAGUUGGAUGAGUUUGACCUGCUUAAAUAUGAUCCAUCAGAAGAGGGACUCCUGAUGCUCCUGCCAGUGGUCAAAGCAUGCAGAACAGCUGUAUUGUGUGAGUGUAAUCUCACAGAGAAAAGCUGUGAAAUUUUGUCUUCAGCUCUCAGCUCAAAGUCCUCAAUUCUGAGAAAACUGGACCUCAGUUACAAUGAAGUGCAGGAUUCAGGAGUGGAGCUACUUUCUGUUGGACUGGGGAGUCCACACUGUAAACUGGAGAAACUGAAACUGUCUAACUGUGAUCUGACAGGGAAAAGCUGUGCAGCUCUGGCCACUGCUCUCAGCUCAAAGUCUUCAAGUCUGAGAGAACUGAACCUGAGUCACAAUGAAACCCUGCAGGAUUCAGGGGUGGAGCUGCUCUCUGCUGGACUGGAGAAUCCAUACUGUAAACUGGAGAUACUAAUACUACAUUGGUGUAAUAUCACAGAGAAAAGCUGUACACCUCUGGCCUCAGCUCUCAGCUCAAACUCCUCAAGUCUGAGAGAACUGAACCUGAGUUACAAUAAACUGCAGGAUUCAGGAGUGAAGCUGCUCUCUGCUGGACUGAAGAAUCCACACUGUAACCUGGAGAAACUGAGUCUUUAUAAUUGCAGUAUUACAAAUGAAGGUUUUGUGACACUGGCUUCAGCUCUAAAAUCAAACCCCUCUUCUCAACUGAGAGAGCUGGAUUUGAUUGACAAUCAACCAGGAGAGUCAGGAGUGAAACAGCUCUCUGAUCUACUGGAGGAUCCACAGUGUAAACUGGAGAAACUGUACAUCAACCGACAGGAUUCAGAUGAGCUGUUAUGAGCUUCACACACAGAGGGUUAUGAGGAGAUGAUGAAGUCUCAGUAAAAACACACACACACACACACACACACACACACACUCUUAGUAUAGAACUGAACAGUCUCGUUCUGUAGGAAAAAAUCCCAUUAAUAAUCGCCAAAGGGGAAUUCAUUUUUACCCAUAAGAUUUUAUCCAGCCAACAUAGACUUACCACAAGCUAGGAGUUUGUGAAAUGAUGGUACAUGCUACAAUUGUAGCUGUUCGGUUUUGACAGAGUUACUGUGAAAGACAACACAUACAGGGUUUUGGAGGGUUUUACAGAAAAAAAUUACUGACAUGGAUUUCACACAG